AUGACAAUGAAAUUGAUUUGUAGUUAUAUUCUGGCAGUGGCCCUGCUGGGCUGUCUGGCUGAUGCUCAAUAUUUCACGAAGCCUCAGCAGCCACAGGCGCCCCAACAGCCUCAGCAGCCGCAGGCUCCCAAAUACCAACCACCACCGCAGCAGCCUCAACAACCUCAGGCUCCCAAAUACCAGCCACCACCACCACCCCAGAGGCCAAAGUACACACCUCAGCAGCCUCAGCAGCCUCAACAGCCUCAGCAGCCUCACCAGCCCAAGCAGCCUCAGCAGCCUACAGAGGUAUUUCACACAUGUGAGGUGGCAGACAACUACAAGAUCCAAUGUGGGGCUCCUGGCAUCUCUGCCUCAGAUUGUGAAGCUGUUAACUGCUGCUUCGAUGGACGCAUGUGCUUUUAUGGCAAAUCUGUGACUCUUCAGUGCACCAAGGAUGCCCAAUUCAUUGUGGUAGUAGCCAGAGAUGCCACUCUUCCCAACCUCGACUUGGAAACAAUUUCUUUCUAUGGAAAUGAUCAAAACUGCAGCCCUGUUGGCACAACUUCAGCUUUUGCUAUCUACCAGUUUCCCGUCACAGGCUGUGGCACUGUCAUGACGGAGGAACCAGGUGUUCUAAUCUAUGAGAACAGGAUGUCCUCCUCAUAUGAGGUUGCUAUUGGACCUGCUGGAGCCAUCACCAGAGAUAGCCACUAUGAGCUGAUUGUCCAGUGCAGAUACAUUGGCACCUCAGUUGAAGCUUUGGUCAUUGAGGUUGGUUUGGUUCCUCCCCCACCACCAGUUGCAGCUCCUGGACCCUUACGUGUGGAGCUCAGGUUGGCCAAUGGAGAGUGUGCUACCAAGGGUUGUGUUGAAGAGGCUGUUGCCUACAGCUCCUUUUACGGGGAUUCCGACUAUCCUGUCACAAAGGUGCUCAGGGAUCCUGUGUACGUUGAGGUCCGAAUGCUGGAGAGAACUGAUCCCAACAUCGUUUUGACACUUGGGAGAUGCUGGGCAACUGCUGACCCCUACCCUCAUAGUGUUCCACAGUGGGACUUGCUCAUUGAUGGCUGCCCCUACCGUGAUGAUCGUUACUUGACCACUCUGGCCCCUGUGGAUGCCUCAUCAGGACUCAUGUACCCAACCCACCACAGGCGUUUUAUUUUCAAGAUGUUCACAUUUGUGGGUACUGGACCUGCUAAUCCUGGCAAAGGACAGGUUGCAGAAGCAGCAGCUAUGAUUCCUCUUAAGGAAAAGGUGUAUAUCCAUUGCAAUGCAGCAGUCUGCCAACCAUCUCUUGGAAAUAACUGUGAACCAAGGUGCUUCAGAAAGAGGAGAGACAUUGCUGCUUCUGUCCAGAGUGGCGUCAGAUCAGAGACCUAUGUGGUUAGCAGUCAGGAGAUUGUCUUUGUGACUCAGUAACAAAUUCAUGAAAAACCUUUCUCAUGAAAUCUCUGUUCCCAAUUCGUAAUGAAAAAUGACUGAGUUUCGAAUAAAUUUACAAAAUGCUGAA